AUGGAACCACCCCCCAUGUGGCCCACCGCGCGGGGGAGACGCGGAUCCACCGGCCCCGCCCGAUCGGACGGCCAGCCCGCGCGCGAGGACCCACUGGGCGGGGGGCACGCGGGGUGGUGGCACGCGCGGUGGCGGCGCAGCGGAGAUAAAAAGGCAUUCCCCAGGAAGGCAUCGCCCCCCUCUCACCUCGACGCGCCUCUGAAAGUUCGGAGCCGCCGCCCAGUCCUCCUCCCUCUCCGCCUCCGGUGCCCAAGGGUGUGUGCAUCGCAGUGGAUUUUAUGCUCCGUUUGUCUUGGAGCCCUGGAAUCCUUAGAUCUUUGUGGAACCUUUUUAUAUCGCGAGGUUAUUGGUUGGUCAAUCGGUGUAAUUGAAUUUGGAGAUCAAGCCAAUAGUUUUGAGGUGGUAAUGGCGGACCAGGCUAACCAACCCACUGUCCUUCAUAAGCUCGGUGGCCAGUUCCACCUGAGCUCCUACUUCUCUGAAGGUGUACGGGCCCGUAACAUCUGCCCUUCUGUCUCAUCUUAUGAAAGGAGAUUUACCACGAGGAACUACAUGAUCCAGAGCCUUUUUAGCCCUUCAAUGUCUGUUAGCGGUGGCAUCAAUGUCCCAGUGAUGCAGACCCCACUUUUUGCCAAUGCUCCAGCUGAGAAAGGAGGCAAAAACUUCAUGAUUGAUUUCAUGAUGGGUGGUGUUUCAGCUGCUGUUUCAAAGACUGCUGCUGCUCCCAUUGAGCGUGUGAAGCUGCUUAUUCAGAACCAGGAUGAGAUGAUUAAGUCUGGUAGGCUGUCAGAACCAUACAAGGGUAUUGGUGAUUGCUUCAAACGUACCAUCAAGGAUGAGGGUUUCUCUUCCUUGUGGAGGGGUAACACCGCUAAUGUUAUUCGUUACUUCCCUACUCAGGCUUUGAACUUUGCAUUCAAGGAUUACUUCAAGAGGUUGUUCAACUUCAAGAAGGACAAGGACGGUUACUGGAAGUGGUUUGGUGGCAACCUCGCUUCUGGUGGUGCUGCUGGUGCUUCCUCUUUGUUUUUUGUGUACUCCCUGGAUUACGCCAGGACAAGGUUGGCCAAUGAUGCCAAGGCUGCCAAGGGAGGAGGUGACAGGCAAUUCAAUGGUCUUGUGGAUGUCUACCGCAAGACACUCAAAUCUGAUGGCAUUGCUGGGCUUUACCGUGGAUUUAACAUCUCUUGUGUUGGAAUCAUUGUUUACCGUGGUCUGUACUUUGGGCUCUACGAUUCUAUCAAGCCAGUUGUCCUCACCGGCAACCUUCAGGACAAUUUCUUUGCCAGUUUUGCCCUGGGUUGGCUGAUCACCAACGGUGCUGGUCUUGCAUCUUACCCCAUUGAUACCGUCCGCAGAAGGAUGAUGAUGACUUCUGGUGAGGCCGUCAAGUAUAAGAGCUCCUUGGAUGCGUUCCAGCAGAUCCUUAAGAAGGAAGGCCCCAAGUCGCUGUUCAAGGGUGCUGGUGCUAACAUUCUUCGUGCCAUUGCUGGUGCUGGUGUGCUUUCCGGCUACGACCAGCUCCAGAUCCUCUUCUUCGGGAAGAAGUAUGGCUCCGGCGGUGCUUAA